AAACAGUUGCAGUGAUUGGCCGUUACAUAAGUGAGAACUACAAUGGUGUUGCUCUGCAUUCAAUUGAUUUUAUAGAUACCAGUUCUGGGAAGCUUCUGGCUGAGGUGAUGGACCCUGACAUAAUAACAAUCAGCCCAGUGAACAAGCUACAUCCGCAAGAUGACAUCCUAGCUACAGGAAGCUCAAGGUCUAUUUUCAUAUGGAAGCCAAAAACUGAAGAUGAACUUACUGAAGAAAGAGCCAAACAGAAGGCCAAGGAAUACGUAUAUGGAUCAAGUUCCCGGAAGAAACCAAAUGGCAAGCAUGACAAUAGUAGUGAUGACGACUCAGGUGGUGAUUCUGGCGGAAAGAACAAGAAAGCAAAGAAGACUCGCUUCACUCAUGCAGUAAAGGGAAAGGGCAAAUCCAAAGUCUGAUGCUUGGUGUACAUAGUCGACAGCAUUUUGACAAGAAACCAUCCAUUAACCAGCAAAUGAAACAGAGUAAGAGAAAAAGAUAAAAGGUUAACAUUUGCUAUUGCUACCUUCGUACAAUAAGGCCAACACCCAACAAAUCAAGUAGGUGCCGAAUCAAAACCCAUGAUGAAUCUGCACAACCCAAUCCGAUUCUACGCUUUUUCGAGCAUGUUCUUGGCGAUCUUGCAGUUGUCAUCAUUCACCAGAGCCUCAC